AUGUUCUUAGAUAAUGCUGCAUGUCACCCAAAGAUCGAACUAUCUAAUAUGAAAAUACUUAUGCUGCCCCCAAAUACUACAUCAAUCACCCAACCAAUGGAUCAAGGAGUGAUUUACACGUUCAAAUCUUACUAUCGUAAGUUUUUACUUCAAUCUUUAUUAUGCAAGAUGGAUAAUUGUUCUUCAGCCCAUCAGUUUGCGAAAUCAAUAAGUGUCUUGGAUGCUGUCAACUGGAUAGCGUUGGCUUGCAAUAAUGUGAAAGCUGAAUGUGUGCGAAAUUGUUUUCGUAAAGCCGGGUUUCUUUCAAAUGAAGGAACCAAUAUAGAUUUACCAGAAAAUGCUUUGAAAGAAAUGAAUGAGGAGUGCGUUACAGCAAAUGUUGAUGUAGAAGAUUUCAUUACAUUUGAUAGUAAAUUAGAGACGCAUCAAACUUACGAUUCGGUGACUUUUUUAGAAGACGAGGAAAAAGAAGAAGAAAACGAUGAUAAUGAUGACAGCGAGACCAAUGAUGAGCCAAAAAUAAAAGAUUUUAAAACCGCAAUCUCAUAUUUAGAAGAUUUACAAAAGUUUUCAGCCAUGAUAUCUAAUUCAAAUCUGUUAGAACUUACCACAAAAGCUCGAGAAUGUGCCGAACAUGCUGCUCUUAAACACAAAAAGCAAUCAAAUAUUAAAAAUUAUUUUUCUUAA